GCGGACAGGAGGUCAGCGAAGGCCGAGGAGAGGUUGGCACGCACAGCGGGAUAUGCAGCGGGAUGUUGGGACGAGGCGGACGCGAUGUGGGCGAAGGGCAAGGGAAGAUGGGAGAUCCCAAUGGCGGAAGGGAGGGUUGGCGCGCACAGCGGAAUGUGCAGCGGAAUGGCGUGAGGAGGCGGACGCAAGGUGGGGAGGUGGGCAGAGGCGGACAGGAGGUCAUCGGAGGCCGAGGGGAGGUUGGCGUGCACAGCAGGAUGUGUAGCGGGAUGUUGGGAGGAGGUGGACGUGAGGUGGGCGGAGGGCAAAGGGAGAUGGGAGAUCCCAAUUUCGGAAGGGAGGGUUGGCGCGCACAGCGGACUGUGCAGCGGGAUAGCGAGAGGAGGCGGAUAGGGAUGGCCGAUGUGCGGGCAGAAGAACGGAGGCAGAGAGAAGAUGGCGGGAGGUGUACGGGAGGUGGCAGAGGUGGAGAGGAGAUAGCGGGAGGAGGCAGACGGGAGGUGGCGGAGGUGGAAAGGAGAUGGCAGGAGGAGGCGGGCAGGAGGAGGUGGACGGGAGGUGGCAAAGGCGGAGAGAAGAUGGUGGGAGGUGAUAAUCGGAGGAGGCGGACGGGACGUGGCGACGGCAGAGGAGAGGAGAUGGUGGGGGGAGGCCAACGAAGGUGGGCGAAGACGGAGGGGAGGUGGUCCGAGGUGAGCGAAGGUGGGCGGAGGCUGGUGGAGGCCGAACGGAGGUACCUUGAAGACGAAGCUGGAGCGAUGGCGCUGCAGAAGUCCGGGGAAACGGACGAGGCCUAUCAGGCCCCGAUGCUGCUUCUGAUUACCGAAGCCAAGCAACGGUCGGAUGCAGUAGCAGCCGCAGCAAAGAAGAAGGGAGAGGACGCCGAGAAGGGACGUCUGUUGGCAAUUGAACAGCAGCGCCAGCAAGACGAGGCAGCAGCAAAGGCUGCCGAUGAAGAACGACUUCAAGGACGCGAGAAGAUAUUCAGCGGAGAGGGAGCUUUGCUCACAAUGGCAGCGGACUGGCGGGACGAGGCUGAGAAUGGAAAGCUGGAAGAGAGUGGAAACAAGAUCGCUCUACUCCUCCCCUAUCUCACGGACCUCCUGGCCACGUGCUUUGCACAACAGGAGGACAUUCACAACCUCGACGACGCUGUUCAGACACACAAUCAGGUGUUUGACCAACUCACCAGCCGCCUCCAGCAGCUGGAACAAACCGUCGACGCCCCCGUUGCCAGCUCUUCCAACACCUCCGAACGCCUCGAGGCAUUGGAGAUUGACUUUGGAUCCCUCAAGGACGACGUGCAGUUACAGCAAAACGCCACGCAACACUUGGAGCAGCGGAUCUAUACCGCCGCCACUCACUCGAGAUCUGAACAGCGCGAGACAACUCCAAAGUUCGAUGAUCAGGAGAUCUUCUGUGAUUCGACGAAAACGGACCCGAUUCCGUGGUUCCACAAGUUCGAACUCCAAUUGCAGCUACACUAUUACGGAGUGGUAGCUGCCGACUUGCAUACCAAGAUCAACUGGGAUGAUCUAAAGGCAGCGUGGCAUAUGCAGUUCCAAGUAGAGCCGCCGAAGAUCAAGGCAAUGGACAAGCUGAUGACCUUCAAACAAGGCAAGCUGCCCAGUGUUGACUGGAUUGCCGAGUACCAACGCUUGACAUUCAUCCUAGACAUUCAAAUGGACUUCAAAGCCAUCAAACACUACAUCUCGAGGUCGUGUUCGACGUUGGGCAAUGCCUUGACUCACGUCGAGGACACCCCGACGACACCGACGGAGCUCUUCGACAAGGCCGCGCAGAUUAUUGUCACGAACAAGGAGGCUAAGAACCUCCGCCGUUCGUCGGCGACAGGCCCGAGCAGAGAUCAGCAUCGGCCGAAAGUGGUCGUAUGCGCGGCGGCAACGCCAAUCGACCAAACUAGCGAGGCCGUGUCUGCCAAUGAAGGGGACAGACUCGCAGCCGCCCGGAAAGGUGGCCGCCCCGACAAAGGCCGAGGACGCGGCAAGACGAAGACAAACAUCGCAUCUAGCCCCGGGCCCGGCUUGCUUGACGAGUUCGCCGACAUCUCCGAGUCACCUACCGGUGUGGUGCCGGAUCGGCCAAUCUCUCACGAGAUCAUUCUUGAGGUCGGUGCCGUGCCGUUGAAAGGUUGUAUUUAUCGCAUGAGCGAGUACGAGCUUACGGUUUUCCGCGCACAACUCGAUGACUUGUUGGACAAGGGUUGGAUCCACCCGAGGAGCUCUCCAUACGGAGCGCCAGUUCUCUUCGUACGAAAGAAGAAUCUACGAUUGUGCAUCGACUACCGCAAGCUCAACGAGCAAACCGUCAAGGUCCUCCGAGCACAACUCGAUGACUUGUUGGACAAGGGGUGGAUCCGCCCUAGUAGCUCUCCAUAUGGAGCGCUAGUUCUCUUCAUACGGAAGAAGAACAAGAAUCUACGAUUGUGCAUCGACUACCGCAAGCUCAACGUGCAAACCGUCAACAAUGCGGGGCCUCUUCAUCGCAUUGACGAUCUUCUUGAGCGAUUGGGCGACGCAAAGUACUUCUCUAAGUUCGAUUUGAAGUCGGGAUAUCAUCAAAUCUCGAUCUGACCGAACGAUCGCUACAAAUCCGCAUUCAAGACGCG